UCCUCAAGGCCGUUAACACCAUUUUCUUCUCAUUUCAGGCCACAAUCGGAAUAGACUUCCUAUCAAAAACGAUGUACUUGGAAGACCGAACGGUGAGGUUGCAGCUGUGGGACACGGCAGGACAGGAGCGCUUCAGGAGCCUCAUACCCUCCUACAUACGAGAUUCUACUGUGGCUGUGGUGGUUUAUGAUAUUACAAAUGUGAACUCCUUCCAGCAAACGUCCAAAUGGAUCGACGACGUCAGAACAGAGAGAGGAAGUGAUGUCAUUAUCAUGCUGGUUGGCAACAAAACAGACUUGGGAGAUAAGAGGCAGAUCACCAUAGAAGAAGGAGAACAGCGGGCCAAGGAGCUCAGCGUCAUGUUUAUUGAGACCAGCGCCAAGACAGGCUACAACGUCAAACAGCUGUUUCGGCGUGUGGCAGCUGCCCUUCCUGGGAUGGAGAGCAUGCAGGAGACAAGCAAGGAGGGAAUGAUUGACAUCAAGCUGGACAAACCACAGGAGCCUCCAACCACUGAAGGCGGGUGCUCCUGUUAAUCCCAACACCUGAUUGGUGCAUCUUCAUCUCCACCACAUGCUUGUUGUGUUGGUUCACCUCCAGUAGAGCUUUCCGAUUGGGAUUUAUCUUAAUACUGGUCAUCAGUUGGAAACUAGCGUUACAUACAUUUCAGUUGUAAAAUAGUGUACUUUAUUAAAGGAAUUGCCAAAAAGUCUUAAACAUUUACAAAAUGAUCAACAACAAAAAAAAUGAAGCCCUCUCAAACAUGUGAACUAUACUUUUGUUUAUUUUUAAAGUAGAAAGGUAGAUAAUUUUUUUUUCCUUUUUAUAUUUUUGUAUAUUAAAAUAAAUGCUUUGAAAAGUUGCAGAUGACCAAGUUCUCCCCUUGUUUGUAUCCCCAAUGGCACCCUAUUCCCUAUGUAGUGCACUACUUUUAGACCAGAGCUCUAUGGCACCCUACAUUUACAUUUACAUUUAAGUCAUUUAGCAGACGCUCUUAUCCAGA